AUGGUUGUGCUUGUUGCAUCAUUUUCGCUGAUAUUCGUUGGCGGCAUUGACCCUGAUGUUACUGAAGAAGACCUUAGAGAACCUUUUACUCAGUUUGGCAAGGUUGUUUCAGUGAAGAUCCCAGUAGGCAAAGGAUGUGGAUUUGUCCAAUUAGAUAACAGUGGAGAGGAGACUCAGGGCAGCAGUGGAAUGGAGGAUACUCCCAACGAGGACAAGGUUACUACAAUGGAUGAGGAUAUGCUAACCACCACAACUCCAACACCUAUCCUGCUGAGACUUGAAGAGAAAGAGACUCAAAAUUUGAUCCAUGAUCAUCUGAUGGUAAUUAAGCCUCUUGUGAUUUGA